GUGAAAACUCUGAGAAGCUUAUCAAUGUACAUUUGUUUGCCCUGGCUGCUGAGUAUUAUUCUUUGUCCAACCUUGGAAUCUGUACCCCGUUAGAAGAUGUGCUUGAAGCACUGAAAGGAGACAAUGAAGGAGCAACGGAGCCCCAGCUCCGUUUUUGCCUCGCCGAGCUUGAGACAAACCACAACUGGAAGGAUUUUUCCUCAGGGCCCCAAAAGAUCCUAGAUGUAGCUGUGAACAAACUGUCUUUAGACAGAGCAGGUGUCCAUCGAUGGCAAAGGAAGGUAUCAAACCAGAUGGGUUUAUGAAUAAUAAGAAAUCACAUGAAGUGCAGGUGAUGUCAGAGCUGGUAGACAGCAUAGCGAAUUAUUGUGGGAUAAAGCAGGUGAUUGAUAUAGGUUCUGGAAAAGGCUACCUGAGUUCGUUUUUGUCCAUGCAGUAUAACUUAAAAGUAUAUGGAAUUGACUCCUCCAGCUCCAACACGAAUGGUGCUCAUGAAAGAAAUAAAAAAUUGAAGAAACACUGGAGAGCAUAUCAGAGUCGAGGAAGAGAAAACCUCAAAAGCCAGAGUUUGGAAAAGGCAAAUGACAGUCCAGUGGAAAGUGAAAUUAAUUGUAAAACAAUCAGUGAAGAGCUCUUAAAUAAUGACAGCAGUCUUCAAAAUCAGGACCAAGUGAUUAUCCAGGAUUUAGUUCCUUCUUGUGGUUCCACAGGAAUGGCUACACCUGGAACCAACACAGAAGUUGAAGCUGAUUUAGUGACUGGGACACAAUCUCAGGAGACCAAUCUUUCUGAAGAGGUUCUUGCUGUUCUAAAUGUUCUUCCUGCUGAUGCUGUAGAAGAUUUUUCUUCAUUUCAUUAUAACUCUUGGGAGCUUUGUGAAGAGGAAAAAGUACAAAGAAAAAUGACAUUUAUCAAAACUAAAGCAAGAAAGUCAAGUGAAUCGAACCUGUAUUUUCCAUUGACCUCUUGCAUCACUGCAGAAACAGAACUCAGUGACAUCAUAACAGAUCUGGAGGACUGUAUGAUAGUGGGUCUACAUACAUGUGGAGAUCUUGCUGCGAAUACACUACGAAUUUUUACCGCCAAGCCUGAAGUCAAAGCUGUUUGCAGUGUGGGCUGCUGCUACCACCUGUUGUCAGAACAGUUUGAAAACCAAGAAGAAUGCCAUGACAAAGUGUGGGGAUUUCCGAUGUGUCAGUACUUGAAGGACAAAGGCUGGUGCUGUGGUCGCAGUGCUAGGAUGUCAGCAUGCUUGGCUUUGGAGCGAGUUGCAGUUGGCCAAAUGCUGCCUACAGAAUCAUUGUUUUAUCGAGCUGUUCUUCAAGUUAUUAUAGAAGAAAUUUAUGGUGUCACCAAAAGUGAUCGACAUGUUGGAAAAACCUUCUCCAAAUCAUCCUCCUUCAUAGAUUAUGUCAGACGGUCUCUGAAAAAGCUAGAACUGGAUGAUUCAAAGCUCCCAGACAGUUGUAUAAUGGAUUACUAUGAAAAGUACAAGCACAGAAUGAAUGAGCUUGAAGCAUUUAAUAUGCUGAAGGUUGUUCUGGCUCCUUGCGUAGAAGUUUUGAUACUCCUGGAUCGUCUUUGCUACCUCAAGGAGCAGGAAAACAUUGCCUGGUCUGGACUUGUGAAGUUAUUUGAUCCUGUGAAGUCCCCCAGAUGUUAUGCAGUUAUUGCUCUGAAGAACCAGUCAUGUUCUUAAGUGGAAGCAAGUUGCAGAGAGGUUGGAAAUUCUGAACUGAUAGUGCCAUGUCCUCCCUUUUAUUCUGUUAUUUUUAAUUGAUUCUUCAAGUACGUUUGCUUUCAGAUGCAAAAAAAAAGUGCAACACCUCUUUGAGUCUUC